CAGAGUCCUAUUGGAACCAGAGAGAAGGCAUUUAGCUUAGAGAUGAAGGGAAGAUCUGAGGAAUCCUUUCCAGAGAGGCCGAUGCCUUAGCAGUUUUGAAGGUUUAAUUAGAAGAAUUCAAGAAAUGUUCCCAAGCAAUGGGUAUGUGAGAACAGAGGCAUAAAGUAUGGAGCAGCCUGGUAUAGAAAAGAACCAUGACCAGCUGUUGAGUGAUGCUGGAGUAUAUGAAGCAAAGCUGCUUGAAACAGAUGCUGUUGAAAGCAGGUGCCACCAGGGGAAGACACAAUUUGGAGUUGGCCUGAGAACUGGGAGAGAAAAUCACUUCUGGCUUCUUAAAGGAACCCCGUCUCUCCAUUCAUGUUGGGCUGCCUGCUGUCAGGACUCGGCCUGCCAUGCUCUUUGGUGGCUAGAAGGGAUAUGCAUUCAGGCUGACUGCAGCAAGCCCCAGAGCUGCCAGCCUUUUAGGACAGACUCUUCUAAUUCUAUGCUGGUAUUUUUUAAAAAAUUCCAAGCUGCAGAUGAUUUGGGCUUUCUAUCUGAAGAGGAUAUACCACGUAUUCUGGAGGAGGCCUCUUGGAGGAGACUGAGCCCAUCCAGAGCUCCAUUCAGAUCUGCUGUAUUUUCCAGUGACCAACAGAGCUUAAUCAGGAAGCUUCAGAAGAGAGAUAUUUCCAGAGAAGUCCUUCCACCUAUAGUAGCACAGCAUUCUAAAGAGAAUGACUCCAACGAACUAGGUGUUCUGAGUGCCAGUGGCUUGGCAGAGGUCCAGAAGGCAGUUACAGUUUCCAGUCCCUUAACCACAGACCUGACUACAGAGAUUGCUGGUCAGCCAAAGAAUGUAUCAGUCCAACCUGAAACAACAGAGGAUCCUGGAAUUAUAGCCAGCACUCAGCAAAUAAAAAGUCCUGGGAAAAUCCAAACUGCUAUCCCUCUUCCAGUGGCUCCCUCCUAUAUUCAUACAACUCCUACCCCCCAGGCUUCCUUCCAGAGCACAUCAGCACCAUACCCAGUUAUAAAGGAACUUGUGGUAUCUGCUGGGAAGAGUGUCCAGAUGACCCUGCCUAAGAAUGAAGUUCAAUUAAAUGCAUAUGUUCUCCAAGAACCCCAGAAAGGAGAAACCUACACCUACGACUGGCAGCUGAUUACUCAUCCUAAAGACUACAGUGGAGAAAUGGAAGGGAAACAUUCCCAGAUCAUGAAACUAUCCAAGCUGACUCCAGGCCUGUAUGAAUUCAAAGUGAUCGUAGAUGGUCAAAAUGCCCAUGGGGAAGGCUAUGUGAACGUGACAGUAAAGCCAGAACCCCGUAAGAAUCGGCCUCCUGUUGCUAUCGUGUCACCCCAGUUCCAGGAGAUCUCUUUGCCAACCACAUCUACAGUCAUUGAUGGCAGCCAAAGCACUGAUGAUGAUAAAAUCGUCCAGUAUCAUUGGGAGGAACUUAAGGGGCCUCUGAGAGAAGAGAAGAUUUCUGAAGAUACAGCCAUAUUAAAACUAAGCAAACUGGUCCCUGGGAACUACACCUUCAGCUUGACUGUAGUAGACUCUGAUGGAGCUACCAGCUCCACCACUGCAAGUCUGACAGUGAACAAAGCUGUGGAUUAUCCCCCUGUGGCCAACGCAGGCCCCAACCAAGUGAUCACCCUGCCUCAAAAUUCCAUCACUCUCUUUGGGAACCAGAGUACUGAUGAUCAUGGCAUCAGCAGCUAUGAGUGGUCACUCAGCCCAAGCAGCAAGGGGAAGGUGGUAGAGAUGCAGGGUGUUAGAACACCAACUCUGCAACUCUCUGCAAUGCAAGAAGGAGACUAUACCUACCAACUCACGGUGACUGACACAAUAGGACAGCAAGCCACCGCUCAAGUGACUGUUAUUGUGCAGCCUGAAAACAACAAGCCCCCUCAGGCAGAUGCGGGCCCAGAUAAAGAAUUGACCCUGCCUGUGGACAGCACAACCCUGGAUGGCAGCAAGAGCUCAGAUGAUCAGAGAAUUAUCUCCUAUCUCUGGGAAAAAACACAAGGACCUGACGGGGUGCAGCUGGAGAAUGCUAACAGCAGCGUUGCCACUGUGAGUGGGCUGCAAGUAGGGACUUACGUGUUCACCUUGACUGUCAAAGAUGAGAGGAACCUACAAAGCCAGAGCUCUGUGAACGUCAUUGUCAAAGAAGAAAUGAACAAACCACCCAUGGCCAAGAUAUUGGGGAAUGUGGUGAUUACCUUACCCAUGAAUACAGCAGAGCUGGAUGGCUCCAAGUCCUCAGAUGACAAGGGAAUAGUCAGCUACCUCUGGACUCGAGAUGAAGGGAGCCCAGCAGCUGGGGAGGUGUUGAAUCACUCUGACCAUCAUCCUGUCCUCUUUCUUUCCAACCUGGUUGAGGGAACCUACACAUUCCACCUGAAAGUGACUGAUGCAAAGGGUGAGAGUGACACAGACCGGACAACUGUGGAGGUGAAGCCUGAUCCCAGGAAAAACAACCUGGUGGAGAUCAUCUUGGAUGUCAACGUCAGUCAGCUAACUGAGAGGCUGAAGGGGAUGUUCAUCCGCCAGAUUGGGGUCCUCCUGGGGGUGCUGGAUUCCGACAUCAUUGUGCAAAAGAUUCAGCCGUACACGGAGCAGAGCACCAAGAUGGUAUUUUUUGUUCAGAAUGAACCUCCGCACCAGAUCUUCAAAGGCCACGAGGUGGCAGCAAUGCUCAAGAGUGAGCUGCGAAAGCAAAAAGCAGAUUUCCUGAUAUUCGGAGCCCUGGAGAUCAACACUGUCACAUGUCAACUGAACUGUUCUGAGCAUGGCCACUGUGAUUCAUUCACCAAAAAAUGUAUCUGUGACCCUUUUUGGAUGGAGAAUUUCAUCAAGGUGCAGCUAAGAGAUGGAGACAGCAAUUGUGAGUGGAGUGUGUUGUACGUUAUCAUUGCUACCUUUGUGAUUGUUGUUGCCUUGGGGAUCCUGUCUUGGACCACAAUCUGUUGUUGUAAGAGGCAAAAAGGAAAACCCAAGAGGAAAAGCAGGUACAGGAUCCUGGAUGCCACUGAUCAGGAGAGCCUGGAGCUGAAGCCGACCUCCCGAGCAGGUGUCAAACACAAAGGCCCCAUGCUGAGCAGCAGCCUGAUGCACUCUGAAUCGGAACUGGACAGCGAUGAUGCCAUUUUCACGUGGCCAGACCGGGAGAAGGGCAAGCUCCUGCAUGGUCAGAAUGGCUCUGUACCCAACGGGCAGACACCGCUGAAGGCUAGGAGCCCACGGGAGGAGAUCUUAUAGCUAUCUGGUCUGUCUCCUCAGAGUAGGGAUUGGUAGUGCCAGGGCCCAAGCACUGCCAGGCUGGUUCCCUAUCACCCAGGUCCCAGGGCAGCUGAUCUCCCAGUAUAUGAUGGUCACUCCACCCCAACCCCCCACCCCAAAACUACUGGUACUUGAAUCACAGACACUGUCCAGGAACCCAUGAGCGAAGCUGUGAAUGAAGAGAUUUCCUCUUUGAACCUGUCUGGUAGGCCCCCAGAACAUCCUCACCUCAGGGGCUCCUUUAUUGCAAGUCCCUCUUCCCCACCCAAGGGCAAGUACGGCCUGCAUCAGCAUCCUCUGCAGCUGCCCUGUGGUAGUGCUACUGGACCCAGGGUGCUACACAGAACCAAGAGCCAACAGCCUCCUGGCUCCAGGGGCUCAAUGGAGGGUAUGUUCUUUCUUCUCUUCUCUGGGGCAUAGUGGGCCCCCUGGCAAGGCCAAGAGGACGUGGCAUCCCUGCCCCACCACAGAUACUAGAACACUAGUGAGAAACAACGCCUGGCCCUCGGCACUGGAGCCUGCUCCCUUCUCUGAUCAGCACUAUCAGGAGAGGACUGGCUGUCUGGGGGUGAUGAGGGGCCCUGGUUUGGGGGGACUUUUGUGACACAAGCAGUGUCCCCCUUUCUUCCUCUGACUGGCAGCUGCUGCUUCCAGGCUCAGGCCACCACUCUGUGUCCCUAGAGGAGAUAGCCACAGACUGGAAUGUUGUGGCAUGAGAGUGCAUGUGUGUGACUGUCCACUGUGGUCUCCCAGUCCCUCCAUCUGUGUCUUUUCAAUGUCUCUGCUGCACAUGUGUGUUGAGUGAACGCGUGCGUAUCUUCUCACCGGGCUCUUGGCUGCUCAGAAGGAAACUUUGACUCAGUCUCUCAGCUCCGUGAAACAGAGAGGAAUCCCACUGGUUUCUGUCACUGUUCCUCAGACCUACUAGCUGGGAAUUGAGGAAUGGGAGCUUUGGGGGAAGGACUUCUAAAAAGAGAUAAUUUCUACUACUGCACUACUACUGUGUGUUGUAAGAUGAUUAAACAUAUAUUUAAUUGUGUGCCUACAUCUCUGACCUGUGUCACAGGGCUAACCACGGUUGCAGCCUUCAAGCUCUUGCCCUUGGCAGGCAGUUUUGGACCUGCCAUCAGCACAUGUGACCCAUGGUGCUGGGUCCUGCCUGCAAUGGUGGGUGGGAAUGCAGCACUCCUACACUUUGGCUAAGGGAGGUGAGUUUUUUGUUCUUCCUUCUCAUACCUUUGUCCCUCUGUCUAAGCUAGGGGACCGAGUGUCCUAAGAUCCAGAGUAAGACCUUAAGAAAUUUUGGCCACUGCUAUUCUCUUUUGUGUUAACCAGCCUUAAGUGUGUGUACUUCUCAUAGUUCAUGAAGCCCUUUGCUGGAUAUGUGAGAGAGGGGAAGGGCUGGGCUAAGAAAGGGAGAUGAGAGCAAAGGCCACUGAACCUGUGCUUUGCCCAAGCUCUGUAUAAAAACCAGCUGCAGGGGGGCAGCAGUGUCUCUGAUCUUACAAGUCCAGAAGUUGAGUCAUAGUGAGAAGUGGUUCAGUCCACACAAGCAGUGACUGAACUCGGGCUCAGUAGAGCCCCCUGCUCACACUGCUCAGGGCUUCUUCAGAAAUAGUCCCUGGGUUAGGUCUGGGAUGGAGCAUGAGAAUUUGCCUAAUGAUGUCCUAGAAGAUGCUGAGCCCCCCCCUGGUGCAGGGCCCCAAUCCAAGGACCUCUAGGUGAGAAAUGCAUGGUCAGCCUCUUUCUUGCGUGCGCACACACACGCAGAGCUGUAGCCUUUCCAUCCUGAAUGAUGGUGGAGGGAGUAAGUACAGAGACCUCUAUCUUGCCAAGGGGUGUACUCAAAGUGGGGCCAAUCUGCUCAGCUGGGAAUGGUAGGGCUGGAUGAUGCAGUGCUCCAGUCUGAAUCGCCACAGCAGGUGGGCUCAGGGCCCAGUGGGCCAUAGGGGGAGGAACCUGACAGAAAACAUUGAGCCUAUUCAGAGUAGAAACUAUUCAAUAUUUGCAGUUUGGGCAACAGAAACAAUGGAGCUGAGUGAGGCUUGCUGGAGCAGGUGAAGUGUAGGAAGGUAAGGAUCUGGUGAGGCUGGGGCACUGUGAGCAGCCUCCAAGAAUUCAGGAAUGCUCUACAGGGUUCAAGUGCUCUGGCUUUCUUUCCCCUGGCCUGUCUGGUAAGCAGCAGGAGCUGCAGAGAUCCUCACACACACUGAGAGAAUAUGCCUGCAGUCAGGCCACCAGUCUCCAAGAUAGACUGAGGGAACAGCCUUGACACUUUUGUGGAUUUGUGUUGAUUGGUUGGAGGGCCCCUAUAUAUUUCUCUAGCCAAACUUGGCCACUGCUGUAAUCUUCCACUCCUUAACUCCCCAUCUGAUGAUGGUGGCUACCUAGUGUCUAUUAGUAUUAGGCUGUGGCCAUCCACUGUUGUGCCUCCUCUCCUACUUGGAGAGUACCCAUAAGGCUCCCUUGGUCACAAGGAAUGAAACUGAGGUUACCUCUCAUGGGAACAAGGAAACUUUUAUCCAGUUCUUCUUACUGCCAAUACCCAGUACUUGUCUUGGCAAGUUACUGUGAUGCCCUAUUCCACCUUCCUGGCUGUGUUUUAUUUACUCCACUUCUAAUAAAUCAACACAUUCCUGUGCAUUGACAUUGGUGGUUCUCAUGGACUUUUAGGAAACUUUUUUAAAGCACUGAGUCCUAGAACCUAAACCCAGAUUUUUAAGUGUUUAACUGAUCUUUAUUAAUUCCUUAGGUAAUUUGUGCAGGUAUACCACGUCCAUUUGAAGGGAAAAAAUAGCUAUUAGCAGCUCAGCUUCAAAAUACUUGCUACCAGUUGGAAGGAAGCUAACAGGCACCCAGUAUCCCCUGAUCAGCCCAGGAAAAGGCCCUUGAGAUUAAGUGUGGCAGAGGUUGCUAUUCAUCAAACCCCAGAGCUUGUCAUGUCCCCCACAACUGCUGACAUGAGGUGAUAGAUCUUGUAGCCCAGAAAACCAAUCUCACUUUAAAUGCCCAUUUCUGUGAUCUUGCUUAAACAACUAGUUCAAAGCCAAUGCAAAGGUGGUUAGUUCAAGCUUUGUGCUAUAAAUGGCUGCAGCAUUUCAGGAUUCUUCAACUGAAAUACAGCUGCACUGAGAAGUUAUUUUAGCCAUAUGCAGUAGUCACCCACACCCAAAUCUUUGAGAACCCAGUGUCCUUAAUGAAUAUUUUAAAAGAUUCCCCCAAAUACUGAGCCUCCCUCCCCAAGGAAAUGGAGUUACCAUAUACCGGGAGGGGCUGGUAAGACAUGAGAAGAGACGUGUGCUAUUGCUGAAUGGAGGACAAUUGGUCAAGUUGCUGGUAUCACUGAGACCCUAUCAAGGCCGCCAAAGGCUCUGCCGGGAUGGACAGGAGUGGGCUGGCGGAUGACACCUAGGGAUUGUGCCUCUCCCUGGUGCUGCUGCUUCCCAAAGACCUGAAUCAGGUAAAUCUCUAAGCAGUUGCUGGGCGAUUGGUCAAUCUCAACUCUAAGGUACCUGGAGGUCAAGACUUUCCCCUUGUUAAGCUUACUGGCAGGGUAGCACAGAGGUAACAGGCUAAAAUACCCAGAUGCCACAAGAGGAGUAUGACCUCUGAGUCCCAAACAGCAACUAACAUGGACUAUCCAAACCAAGAAUUUAAAAUAAGGCAAUAUAAUUAGGGAAAUCCUAGCAAUGUGAACAGGAACAUGAACCAAGUGGAAACAUUAAGUGUGAAAACAUAGUGAAUGGGUUGGGGGUGGCUCAGUGAUAGAGCACUUGCCUAGCACGUGAGGCACUGGGUUCCAACCUCAGCGCCAUGUCAAAAUAAAAAUAAAGAUAUUGUACGACCAAAAAAAAAAAAAAAGCAGCAAAUGGGAUAAAGAACAGAUGAGAGCCAAAAACAGGGAGCUGGAGCAUAAUCUGGUGAAAAUAUGGGGUCACAUGGUCUCACACAUAUGACUGUUUUAACUCGGUAAUAAACACAAGUCUAAGGCAUUUCUAUGGAGAAGUGGCGGAGUCCAAGAGUGGGGCACUGAAAGGGUAAGAGGAACUAACAAAUGCAAAAGAAAGAAAACACAUGUCAAGUCAGAAAGACAAGCCUACCAGAAGAGGAGCUUCUUUUGGCUAAAUCUAAGACAAUGAGUUAUCAAAAUAAAUAAUCAAAGCUCCAGAUUAUAACUUAAAAAAAAAAUUUUAGUUGUAAAUGGACACAAUACCUUUAUUUAUUUUUAUGUGGUGCUGAGGUUGGAUCAGGGACUACUGCUGAUCCACAACCCAAGUCCCCUGAUUAUAAUUUUAAAAAACCUUUUUUUUAGUUGUAGAUGGACACAAUUUAUUUUUUAUGUGGUACUGAGGAUCAAACCCAGUACCCGACAUACGCUAGGCAAGUGCCCUACCACUGAGCCACAACCCCAGGCCCACCAGAUUAUAACUUAAUGAGUAAAAUAGGAAUCCAUUAUGUAUAUAUGUACAUAUAUGCCUACAUGCAUGUAAUUGUGUGUGUGUGUGUUUGUGUAAGUAUUUUUGUUUCUCCAGUACUGGGAACUGAACCCAGGGAUACUCUAGCACUUGCUCUACAUCUCCAGCACUUUUUUAUUUUGAAACAGAGUCUUGCUAAACUGUCCAUGCUAGCCUGGAAGUUGUAAUCUUCCUUUCUCAGCUUCUUGAGUCCCUGGGAUUACAAGUUUGCCAUUUAACCUAGUUUCAGUGUGAUUUUUUUUAAAAAAGAUCUAAAUUCUAGAGCAAAAAUGAUGGGGAAAACAGGGUCCCUAUCAGACAAAUAUUAAUUAAGAGAAACUGCAAAAGCAAUGAAAAAAAAAAAAAGACUCAAUAGGGGGUGGGGCGUGGGUAAUUAUCUACAGAAAAGAACAAAAGAACAAGAAAAGGUAAAGAGGAUGGAUAUUAUUAUCUCCAACACAGUCUGAAAAUAAAACAAAAUUGCAGGUAGGAAAAGGGAGAAUGGACAACUUGAUUUUUUUAAAAAAGGAAAUGAGAAAACACUUAUAACAGACUAAUAGUAUCAUCCUGUCUGAACCUGGACACAGUCAAAGCAUGCUGACACAGAAAAAUUCAGAAGUGAAAUCAUUUUUGGAAACAGAAGAUUAACCAUGAAGGAAGCAAUCACUUGAUUCACUUUUUUUAAAGAAUGAACAACAUGAGGGAAAAAAACAAAACAAGAAAAACAGUGAGAAAGCCAGAAAAACAUGAUGAAAUACUUUACACUGACAAAAUCAAAUGCUGGCACUUUCAAGACAUGAAAACUUGAGUAGACUAAUAAACAUUAUGUAAAUAAAAAGGCAAAGACUUUCUUUGGGGGAAUUAGAAAAAAUUAAAAGGUUUAAGGUUUUCCAACACUUAAGAAAUUUUAUGUAAGUUCUUUCACCAAAUGAAAAAAAAACUAAAACCUGCCCAGAUCUUUAACAGUGAUUACAAAACCAAUUAAGAAUUCAAGAGAAAAAAAAAAUUUACUCUUGACUGUGGGUGCAAAAGCACAAUUAUUAACUAUCUAAACCUAACAGUAUAUAUUUUUUAAAAAAUCAAGGAGGGUUUAUUAAAGGAAUUCAAGAACGACUUCAACAUUAGCAUAUUAAUUCACAUGCUUUAAACAACAAUAAAGGAGAAAAAGAACUAUUAUUAUAAUAGAUGCUCUUCCAAAGCAUUUGAUAAAUUCAUCACUUAUUAAAAAAGAAAGACCCAUAGCAAACCAGGAAUAGUAGGGAAUAUCCUUAACUCGAUAAAGUUAUGUAUCAAUUAGUGUGUAUACAUGUAGAGAUACAUAUAAAAUAUGUCAUGAUCAAUUAGGACUUAAUCAAGGAACACAGGCUUAAUAUUAGAAAAAUCCACUAACAUAAUUCACUAAAUAAAAACUACGAUCUUAUAAAGAAAAAAGUGUUUGAUAAUGUUCACAUUUUAUCUGAUGAGGGGUAGGGUGGAGAUGUAGAAAGCAAUCAGACUUAAAUUGCUUUCCAGGUGGAUAUAUAAGUCUGUAUUUACUUUUGCCCUGUGUAAGGUUUUGUAAUUUGCCUUUACCACUAAAACAUUGACAUUAUCCAUUAUUCUAUUUUAGGCCAGUUUUUAGGGUAUAAAAUGACAGCUCAAAAAACUCCAGUAGAGCACUCGCCUAGCACAUUCGAGGCCCACAUAAAAAUAAAUAAAAUAAAGGUAUUGUGUUCAACUACAACUAAAAAAUAAAAAUUUAAAAGCAGCAGCAACAACAACAACAAAAAACUCCAGCAAACUCUCCAUUAUGGAGUUUUGAGCGUCUCUUCAUGAACUGUUAAAACCCUUUUAGACUUUAUAUUAUAAACUAUCAUUAUCCUUUGUUCGUUCAAUAUUCUUGGACUCAGUAUAUUUUUUGUAUAUGCUAGAUAUAAAACCACUGGUUGCUUUCAACAUUGCAAGAUCCUAAGUCUUUAUCCUUUACUGAAUAAGAAUCUUUAAUUUUGACAUAAUAAAAUUAAUCUUAUUUUCCAUAUGUGGUUUGUGCUUUGGGGGAUUUAUUGUUUGUUGAUGCAUCUAGAUCACAAUGAUAUUCUAUAUUUCCUAAUAUUUUUUUAAAUUUACAUUCCACUUUUAGUCUUUAAUCCAUCCCACACUUUUGCAUAUGAUGCCAGUAAGGAAUUUUGUUUUAUUUUCCUCCAUGUAAAUGCUAGCUUUCCAACACUAUCUACUAAAACUCAGGGAAUUCUUGUGUAUUACUAUAACUAUGUAUUACUGUAACUAAGGUACUUUUAUACUUUUACUUUUUGUUUCUACUGUGAAUAGUUUCAAUUAUAUUACCUAAUAAGGUUACUGCUCUUAUAGAAAAAUGCUUGAAAUGCUUAUGAAUCUAUUUUCUAUUUAAUGAAGGUAACUUGAACUGUU